AUGAUAAGUGAUGGACUGCCACUCGCAAGACCACACAGCGACGCGGCCCUGAAACUGCCGGGUGACGGGGACUUCACUAGCAAGACCACAGGCCUAGCACAGCAAGUUGAAGCACGGCAAGUCCCCAGCACUGCAAGUCCCCAGCACGGCAAGUUGAAGUAUGGCAAUUCCCCAGCAAGGCAAGUCCCCAGCAAGGCAAGUCCCCCGCACGGCAAGUCCCCAGCACGGCAAGUCCCCAGCACUGCAAGUCCCAGCACUGCAAGUCUCCAGCACUGCAAGUCCCAGCACGGCAAGUCCCCAUCAAUUCCCCAGCACGGCAAGCCCCCAUCAAGUCCCCAGCACUGCAAGUCCCCAUUAAGUCCCCAGCACAGAAAGUCCCCAGCAUUGCAAGUCCCCAUUAAGUCCCCAGCACUGCAAACAAGUCCCCAGCACUGCAAGUCCCCAGCACUGCAAGUCCCCAUCAAGUCCCCAGCACUGCAAGUCCCCAUCAAGUCCCCAGCAUGGCAAGUCCCCAUCAAGUCCCCAGCACUGCAAGUCCCCAUCAAGUCCCCAGCACUGCAAGUCCCCAGCACUUCAAGUCCUCAUUAA